AUGCGCACCGCACUUAAUAUUCAACCACUUGCGAUUUAUGAAGAGUUAUAUGCUGUUCACGGUGAUCAGGUUCCUUGUCUCAGAACUGUUCAGAGAUGGUGUAAACGAUUCCGUGAAGGCGAAGAUGAUCUCGAAGACGAAGCACGAUCCGGCAGACCUUUUACUGAAACAACGUCUGAAAACAUUGAAGAAGUCCGUCUGAUCAUUGAUGAUCAUCCAAGAGUCACAAUUGAAGAAAUACAAGAAGAAGUUGGUUUAAACUACGGUACGACGCAGCGGAUUAUUACCGAUCAUCUUGAAUUGACCAAAGUGACAGCUCGUUACAUACCGAAAAAAUUAAAUGAGUUCCAACAAAACGAACGUGUACGAAUAUGCAAAGAGAACUUAGCACGAUUCAGGAAUGGAACAUUGCGUUUAUGCAAUGUAGUAACGGGCGACGAGUCGUGGAUCGAUCAUCGAUAUUACAUUGACAACUGCUUGCAGCCACUUAUAGACGAAAUCAAGCAUCAACGACCUUCAUAUGGUACAAAUCAUAUCAUUCUCCAUCACGAUAACGGGAAGCCGCAUGUUCACAAAUGUGUGUAUGAUUAUCUUCAGUCGGAAGGUAUUGAAACAAUACCUCAUCCACCAAAUUCUCCAGACUUAUCACCUUGCGGCUUCUGGCUAUUUGACCUGAUCAAACGAAACUUAAGUGAUCAAAGCUAUCCACAAUCAUUGCAACAUGCUGUGGCUGACUUUAUGUACUCGUUGAGUGCAGAAGAGUAUAGAAAAACAUUUGAUAAGUGGAUUGAGAGAAUGCAACUAUGUGUGGAUAAUCAGGGUCAUUAUUUCGAACAUUUGAUGUAA